AUGGCAUCACAGAUACAUUUUUUAGACAUCAAGGGCAAACCUUUAUUGUCAAGAGACUAUAAGGGAGAUAUUUCUUCUACUACAAUUGAAAAGUUCCCGCUUUUGCUAUUGGAAUUGGAAAACACUGUUGAUGACGGUGAAUACAAACCGUUUAUCAACCAUGAAGGCAUAAACUACAUUUUCAUCAACCACAAUAACUUGUACAUUUGUGCAUUGACACGGAAGAACGAGAAUAUUAUGACGAUCAUUAUAUUUUUAUCAAAGUUGGUUGAAGUCAUGACCCAGUACUUUAAAUCGUUGGAGGAAGAGAGUAUUAAAGACAAUUUUGUUAUUAUUUAUGAGUUGUUAGACGAGAUGAUGGAUUUCGGGGUUCCACAAACAACAGACACAAAGAUCCUUAAGGAAUAUAUUACCCAAGACUAUUAUUCUUUGAUCAAGAGCACACCCACGCACUUGGUUGCUCCGCCUAAUGCUUUGACCAAUUCUGUCAGUUGGAGAAAAGAAGGUAUAUUUUACAAGAAGAACGAAGCAUUUUUGGAUGUGAUUGAGUCGAUCAACAUGUUGAUUACUGCCAAUGGCCAAGUGUUGAAUAGUGAGAUUUUGGGGGAAAUCAAGAUCAAAUCGCAUUUGAGCGGUAUGCCAGAUUUGAGGUUAGGGUUAAACGAUAAAGGUAUAUUUACUGGCAACAACGAUGCCACCACCGACAGUGGCAAAAACAUUGAAAUGGAAGAUAUAAAAUUCCAUCAAUGUGUUCGAUUGUCGAAGUUUGAGAAUGAAAAGUUGAUCACAUUUAUUCCACCUGAUGGCGAAUUCACAUUGAUGUCGUAUAGAUUGUCGUCGUCGCAGUUUCUUAUGAAACCGUUGAUAUUGGUCAAUUGCAAGACCAAAGUGCAUAAACACUCGCGUAUUGAGAUUGUGUGUACAGUCAAGGCACAAAUCAAAAAGAAGUCUACAGCCAAUAAUGUUGAAGUGGUCAUACCUAUUCCAGAAGAUGCCGACACCCCUAAAUUUUCGCCAGAGUACGGUUCUGUGAAAUGGAUCCCGGAAAAGUCGUGCCUUAUAUGGAAGUUGAAAACGUUCCCUGGUGGCAAACAGUUCUCGAUGAGAGCCGAGUUGGGCUUACCAGCAGUCACCGACCCUGAAUCCAUCAUGAGCAAGAAACCUAUAAAAGUAAACUUUUCCAUACCAUACUUUACUACCAGUGGAAUCCAAGUUCGAUACUUGAGAAUCAACGAGCCUAAAUUACAAUACCAAUCGUACCCAUGGGUGAGAUACAUUACACAAUCAGGGGAUGACUAUAUAGUUAGAACUAAGUAA